AUGGCCGACGUCGCGCUUGAGAACCCGCCAAUCCACUACCGAUCCAUUUUCCUCUUCCUCUUCUACCUGUCUCUAAUCCUUUCCCUUGCUUUCACCUGCUGUCGCACCAUAUACGUUCGGUAUCAAGCACGGCAGAAGAACAAUGAUUGGGCCACUGGGCGGCGAACGCAUCUAUGGCUAUUUAUUUUCCUGGCUGCCAUGAGCCUCGGUUCGACAUGGUACUACAUGAUCUCGCUCUUCAUCCGCACGUACGAUGACUGGGCAGCUAGUCCGCAGGGAAUCCCCUAUGCAGGCAAAGACACGCCUCUGAUCACCCGACUGGGCCUCUGGCUCUACAACACGUAUAUCUUCCAAACAGCCUGGGAAACCGUAUCCGAGACGCCAGCGCGAGUCUGGUGGAGCGGGCAGAUCUUCGGGUGGACGAUUGGGUGGAGUCUUUUCCUCGGUGUUAUGGGCCGACGAUACCGCAUCCCCCACAUCUGGGUCUUCAUGCUCCUAGCCCAAGCCGUCGCCGUCUCCUUCUCAGCAAACCUCUUCUUCGCGGCCGUGGCCGUCUCAUCACGCGUCGACGAGAAAACACUCGCUUUCGCCUGGUCCCCGCCGCUCCUCUACGAAGCUGUCCCAGUUGCCCUUUCACUCCUCGACACCCUCGCCGUCCCGAUCUUCGCGUACCAGAAGGAAUUCAUGCUCAUCCUGCUGGCGCCGCACUUCCUAGUUUUUAUCCCUACGUUGCUGGGCCCGGGCCCGAAGGACUCGAGCGAGCCCACGACGAAAGCGCAGGGAGCGCGCGCGACCCGGCGCUACGUUGUCCUCAUGCAGUGGGUUGCGGCGGCUUCGGUGGUACUCCAGGCGUACUUUACUUUCCUGGCGAGGCGGGAACUGGGCACGGAGCUGUCGUUUGGUGAGUUUGCGAGGAAGCUCUGGGACACGGUCUAUGUGCACCCGGCUUGUAGCAGUGUCAGCUGGGAUGCGAUUAUGAGUGCCGUGAGCGCGUUUUUCUGGGCGCUUGUGCAUGGGUUUGAUUCGAGGAGGAUGGUUGGUGGGCUGUGA